GGGCGUGUCCUGCGGUCGCACCGCCCCUCGCGAGUCAGCCAUCUUUCAAUUGUGCUCGGAGCCGCCGACAGCGCCAGCAGCAGCACCAGCCGCGGCAGCGCCGGCUCCUCCUCGCUCCCGCCCGCCGCCCGCCCCCCGCCCUCCUCUCGUCUCUCCUCUCGCUCUCCCUCCCGCACGGCAGCCGCGCUCGCCCAGCGGACGGGGUGUAAGGCAGCGACGUCGGCAGGAGCAUGGCCCGCACCAAGCAGACCGCCCGCAAGUCCACCGGCGGCAAGGCGCCCCGCAAGCAGCUCGCCACCAAAGCCGCCCGCAAGAGCGCGCCCUCCACUGGCGGGGUGAAGAAACCGCACCGUUACCGGCCGGGUACCGUGGCUCUGCGUGAAAUCAGGCGCUACCAAAAGUCUACCGAACUCUUGAUCCGCAAACUUCCCUUCCAACGUCUGGUGCGUGAAAUUGCUCAGGACUUCAAAACAGAUCUGCGCUUCCAGAGCGCUGCCAUCGGUGCUUUGCAGGAGGCAAGUGAAGCCUACUUGGUUGGCCUGUUUGAAGAUACCAACCUGUGUGCUAUCCAUGCCAAACGUGUCACAAUCAUGCCAAAAGAUAUCCAGCUAGCACGCCGCAUACGUGGGGAGCGUGCCUAAACUUCACCACGAUGGGUUUGUCAUUCUCGAAGCAAAAUCUUCUUCCUGUUAUUGGUAGUAAUGAACGUUAGAUAUUUUUUCCAUGGGGUUAAAAGGUACCUAAGCAUAUGGUUGCAAAUGGAAAAAUAGGGGACAGAAUUGGGUAUUGGCAAGUUUUUUUCCAUUUUCAUUUGUGUGUGGAUUUUUAAUAUAAACGAGGGGACGUAAAACAUCAAUGUGGUCAAAAAAAAAAAAUGUUUGGGUGAACAAGUUUCAACAAUUCAACUUUAUAAAAAAAAAUAAUAAUUAUAAAUAAACCUGUCAAAUUUUUCUGGACAAUGCCAGCAUUUGGAUUUUUUUAAACAAGUAAAUUUCUUACCAACGGCAACUAAAUGGUGUUUGUAGCAUUUUUAUCAUACAGUAGAUUCCAUCCAUUCACUAUACUUUUCUAACUGAGUUGUCCUACAUGCAAGUACAUGUUUUUAAUGUUGUCUGUCUUCUGUGCUGUUCCUGUAAGUUUGCUAUUAAAAUACAUUAAAUGA